AUGCCUUCCCUUCGAAGUCUCCUGCUCGGCUUCUCUGUUGCUGCUCUCGUAGCAUCAGACUGUACCCGUGAUACUCUCAAAACUUUCACGGACAGCCUCGUUGCCGCCCAAACAAAGGGCGACCCUACCGUCUUUGCCAAUGUCCCCUCUUACAGCGAAAACUUCAAGACCCUUACUCCCAAGACUGGAAUCCUGGCAACUCCUCUAGUCAUAGCCCACAAUCGCAGUAGCUACGACACCACCAACUGCUCCACCUACACCGAGCUCAUCAUCACGGAUCCAAAACAUCCUUACGUUCUUGGCACUCAGAUCCGAUACACUGCCGACGCAUCCAACAUCACGAAGAUGGAACUCCUUGUCACAGAAGCCGGCGACUGGCUCUUCAACGCUACUGGAACGUAUUACUGGGCCUCUAAAGAGUCUUGGGAUACGAUCUCCGUGGCGAAGCGCGAUACUCGUGCCGUGAUCCAAGCUGCUGCAGACGCUUAUCUCAAUAUUUUCAAAGACAAGAGUGUUGUGGUGCCGUGGGGAACUCCUUGUGAUCGAUUGGAAGGAGGAAGCUACACCGGGACUGGCAAAGCGACGGAUAGCUGCGAUGUCGGGAUCCCGAAUAAUUUGGAUUUGACGAGUAGGAGGUAUGUGAUUGAUGAGACGGUGGGUGCUGUUGAUGUUUUCUUGGCGUUUGGUGGCGUGAGUGGAAGGCCGGAUAGUCAUGAGUUUAGGAUAGAGAGUGGGAAGAUCCGGUAUGUGCAUACGUUGACGAACAUGAGAACAUGA